AUGGCUACUACAGUGACAUCAUCUUAUGUCUUUUUUCUUAUAAUCUGCAUUAUCAAUAUCGUUUCGUCGUACCCGGCUAAUGUCGCUUCGUCCAAGACCACCCCCUUUGAACCUUGGGGAUUAGCCAUCAAGCUCAUCCACCACGAUUCUAUUCAAUCUCCAUAUUACAAUCCAAAGGCCACCAUCUCCGAGCGAGCUGAACGUGCCAUUAACAGUUCGCUCGCCCGCAUCCGCUUCUUGAGCAAAAUAAUCGCUAUUCCAAAUAAAGUCGACUUUCGUGCCCGUCUCAUCCCAGCCAAUGGCGCCGAUGGGUUCCUCGCCAAUAUAUCCAUCGGUACUCCGCCAGUCCCGCAACUCGUGCAUAUUGACACGGGAAGCGACCUCCUUUGGAUUCAGUGCCUGCCCUGCAGUACUUGCUUCAAACAAUCUCCUCCUCUUUUCGAUCCUGCCAAAUCGUCGACGUACUCCAAUAUUCGUUGCCGUUCCAUCGCUUGUGUACUAUCUGGUGACAAGUGCGAUCCUAAUAAUGAGUAUUGCAUUUACAAGAGGUCGUAUUUUGACACAACCACCACAGCCGGUAACCUCGCCUCCGAACAAGCGACCUUUGAGACAUCCGACGAGGGCACGGUAAAGGUGCCGAUUCAGGUGCUCGGAUGCGGCCACGUGAAUAAAGACACUACGGAAGGGCAAGAAAGCGGGUUAUUAGGACUAGGCAUUGGUGAUGGUAAUUUGCCAAAUCUGGUUAAACAAUUUGGCUCCAAAUUUUCCUACUGCAUCGGCAACAUAAACGACCCACAGUAUCAAUACAAUCAACUCAGCUUCGGAGCCGGGGCAAUCAUGGAAGGCGAUUCUACGACCCUAGAGACUUACAGGGGUUUAUACUAUUUGGACCUCGAAGGUGUUAGCGUCGGAGAGAAGAAGCUACAGAUCGACCCCUUGGUAUUCAAAAGAGGGCUUAUGGGUCAAGGAGGAGUAUUUAUAGACUCAGGAACCACGUUCACGUUCCUGAAGGAAGAGGGGUACGUUCCGUUGCAAAAUGAGGUCGAGAGUUUGAUGGCGGGAAAGCUGAACAGGGUGAGUCAUCCGCAGUUCUUUUGCUACGCAGGGAGCGUAGAGAGAGAUUUGACGGGAUUCCCCGUCGUCACCUUGCAAUUCUCGGGCGGCGCACAACUCGGCUUAGACACCAACAGCAUGUUUUUCCAGUUAACGGCGGACGUCUUGUGCAUGGCCAUCUUGGCUUCUUUACUCCUCUUGAUUGCCUUUCAGUCCGCCAGCAACCACUGCCUUCACUGCCGGUCACUCGCCAUUUCCACAACCGCUUUGGAAGCCUCCUCUCUUCUCUGCCCUGUCUUCCGGUCAUGCUCGAUGCUCUUGACAGCACCUAUUGCGGUCAUGAUCGAUGCUCCAAGUACUCGAUACAGCAGUCUGACUCUACAAGCAACAUCCAGUAAAGAGGUUAGCUGUGGUAUGCAUAUCUACUCACCCGCGACCAAAACAAGGAUGUUGAUGUCGAUCUGGAAAGUUCCGGAGAGCCGGGAAGCCUUUCAGAAUCACCAGAAGUAUGCUGGCUGCAACUGCGCCGAGAGCCAGCCAUUGGAAUGGAUGGUAGACGAAUUUCAAGAAGGACAAUAG